GCGCCCGCGGAGCUCCGGCCCCUUCGCGCCGCUCGCGGAGGCCGCGCUGCGCGCCGGGCGGCGGCGAGGCCGGAAGAUGGCCUGGGUGCUCAAGAUGGACGAGGUGAUCGAGUCCGGACUGGUGCACGACUUCGAUGCCACCCUCUCGGGCAUCGGGCAGGAGCUGGGCGCCGGCGCCUACAGCAUGAGUGAUGUCUUGGCAUUGCCCAUUUUCAAGCAGGAAGAUUCCAGCCUUCCACUGGAUGAUGAAACUAAGCACCCACCCUUCCAGUAUGUGAUGUGUGCUGCAACAUCGCCAGCAGUCAAACUGCAUGAUGAAACGCUCACUUACUUGAACCAAGGUCAGUCUUAUGAAAUUCGGAUGCUGGAUAAUCGGAAAAUGGGAGAUAUGCCUGAGAUCACUGGAAAAUUGGUAAAGAGCAUCAUAAGAGUGGUAUUCCAUGACAGACGGCUACAGUAUACAGAGCAUCAGCAACUUGAAGGUUGGAAGUGGAAUCGCCCAGGAGACAGACUUCUCGAUUUAGAUAUUCCAAUGUCUGUGGGAAUAAUUGACACAAGGACAAAUCCAAGCCAGUUAAAUGCAGUUGAAUUUCUGUGGGACCCUGCAAAACGCACAUCUGCUUUCAUUCAGGUACACUGCAUCAGCACAGAGUUUACUCCACGGAAGCACGGAGGUGAAAAGGGAGUGCCUUUUAGGAUCCAGGUUGACACUUUUAAGCAGAAUGAAAAUGGAGAAUAUACAGACCAUCUACACUCAGCUAGCUGCCAAAUCAAGGUUUUUAAGCCUAAAGGUGCAGACAGGAAACAAAAAACUGACCGAGAGAAGAUGGAGAAGAGAACUGCUCAUGAAAAAGAAAAGUAUCAGCCAUCCUAUGAUACCACGAUCCUCACAGAGAUGAGGCUUGAGCCUAUAAUUGAAGAUGCAGUUGAACAUGAGCAGAAAAAGUCCAGCAAGCGGACUUUGCCAGCAGACUACGGUGAUUCUCUGGCAAAGCGAGGCAGUUGUUCUCCAUGGCCCGAUACUCCCACAGCCUAUGUGAAUAGCAGUCCUUCUGCAGCGCCCACUUUCACCUCCCCACAGCAGAGCACUUGCAGUGUCCCAGACAGCAAUUCUUCUUCCCCAAAUCAUCAGGGAGAUGGAGUUUCACAGGCGUCUAGUGAAAAACUUCAGCCUUCAGCCACGAUCCAGGAAACACAACAAUGGCUGCUCAAAAACAGAUUCUCUUCCUACACAAGACUGUUUUCCAAUUUUUCAGGUGCCGACUUAUUAAAACUGACAAAGGAGGAUUUAGUACAAAUAUGUGGUGCAGCCGAUGGAAUUCGGCUCUAUAAUUCACUGAAGUCAAGGUCGGUUAGGCCCCGCCUAACCAUCUAUGUCUGCCAGGAGCAGCCAAGCAGCACACCACUGCAGGGGCAGCAGCAGGCUGCAGGCAGUGGAGGCGAGAAUGGCAGUGGGACACCCUACGUUUAUCAUGCAAUCUACUUGGAAGAAAUGGUUGCCUCAGAAGUCGCUCGAAAACUUGCAUUGGUGUUUAAUAUUCCUUUCCACCAAAUUAACCAGGUUUACAGACAGGGUCCCAUUGGUAUUCACAUUCUUGUUAGCGAUCAGAUGGUUCAGAACUUUCAAGAUGAGAGUUGUUUUUUAUUCUCCACAGUAAAAGCUGAAAAUGGUGAUGGUAUUCACAUAAUUUUGAAGUGAUGUCUUACGUAGUCUGAACUAUAUUCAGUACCAAAUAAAGUCACGCUUAAAAGUGUGUGAAGACUGAAUCCAAGAAGUCUUGGGAUUGGAUUUUACCGUAUGAAAUGUUUCAUAUUGAAAACACAAGAUGACCUUUCUAAUGAGCUGUAUGAGAGGCGAAUCUCCUCACUGUCACUGCCAUAGCCAAGCAUCCUCCUGAGAGUGAGCACGUCCGGACAGCAUGCGUGCAGCUCUGGGGGCCACGGUGCAGGCAGGGCUGCCUGCUUCUCUGGCAGAAGCCAGUAGACACAGUUCCUAGAAGCAGCCUUUGCUGUCUUUUACACUGUAUGCGGUUUGGAAAUGAAUGUAAAAGCGGACUGUGGGCAUUUACUUUUCUGUGCCAGUUUGGCUUUUAUUGCCUGAACCUUGUGCUGACCUGGGGCAGGGUGUGGGACAGUGCUGUUGUGGAGCCAGCAUGGAAUCUGUCUGCGGAGAGAUGCAAUGUGCUGAUACGGUGAUUGGUGGUCAGGUAAGAGGCUUGGCACCUUCUCAGAAGAAAUCACGUCUAAGGGUGUGUGUCUGAUGUGAUCACGCCAGAUCGAGGAAGAUCAAGCCAGGAAGCCGGGCUUGAAGCAAACUGCACUAUCAAGAGUACCUUGGUGAGAGGAUCAGUGUAAAUCCUAAUAGGUACAAAGACUUGUGUUUUGCUUUGUCAUAAUUUUAUUGAAAAACUUUUUGCUUCUGCUUCCAUUUUUAGCAUUUCGUUUCUGGUUUUCAUUUUUGAAGUCCCAUUGUCUUUUAAACUCAUGUGGUUUUCUUUCUCUUUUUCCUCCUCCUCUCUGUCUCCAACCACCCUUCCC